AUGACGGAUUUUUGCAAUAGAUGGCGUUACACGCAUGUUAAGGCUAGAAACGUCAUCGCAAUCCGAAAGAACGCAAGACAGGCUUGUGAAAAAUUGCGUAAAGUUUACGGGGAAAAUGCUCUACAAGAGCGUCAGUGUCAGAGAUGGUUCGCUAAAUUUCGUGCUGGCGAUUUUGACGUCAACGAUGCUCCUCGCAGCGGAAGGCCCGUUGAAGUUGAUGACGAUCAAAUAAAGGCACUGAUAGAAGCAAACCCACAUUCGACCACUCGUGACAUCGCGGAGUCACUAAAUCUUCACCAUUCAACCGUCCACGACCAUCUCAGGAAGCUUGGAUUCAUCAGCAAGCUCGAUAUAUGGGUUCCGCUGCAGCUUGGAUGGGAAGUUUUGGCCCAUCCUCCAUACUCACCGGACCUUGCCCCAUCAGAUUACCAUUUAUUUCGUUCUCUGCAAAAUGACCUGAAUGGUAGGUCUUUCGAUUCUGAUGAGGCCAUCAAAGAGUAUCUCAUCCAGUUCUUCGCUGGAAAAGAGCAGUCCUUCUACGAGCGCGGAAUCAUGCAACUCCCAGAAAGAUGGCAAAAGGUCAUCGAUCAAAGUGGCCAAUACAUUAUUGAUUAA